CCUUGGGGAAAUGGCUAAGCUAAGACAAGCUGUAAUAUAAGAGACAGUGAGUGGGAUUAAUGUGUAAACUCUGGACACCUACAAUGUGUAAAUGAUUAAUCUCAUUUGGAAGAGAACAUCUACGUUUGGUCACAUGAACUGCACGGCUACAUUUAGCUAUUUCCCCUCCUACAUGAUUCAGGAAUAGUGCUCUGCAAUAUCUUGCUCAGGUACCUUCGUGUUUGGAUAGAUAAAUCUCGCACCACAUCUAGAGGUAGUAUCCCUCAGCUUAGAAGGUAAAUUCUAGGUGCUAGAAGUGUCCCUGUCAGAAUUUGAAACCUAUCUCAGUUUUUCUCCUUUGCUUUUGAAUUUCUGAACCUUCAGAACUGGAGAAACAAGACUUAAAAAAGACCCACACUUUGCCAUCAAUAAUCAGUAUUUUCUAUGUGAUAACAAGUGAUUUAUUCAAAUUAAAAAAUACUAUUUCUUUUUUGAUCUUUUGUUAGAACUAAUUAGAAUUCCUUCACAUGACUUUCCACUUUGAUCUGUAAAUCAAUUUCUGACCCUACCAGCAACUUGUGAAAUAUUUAUUAGCACAGGAAUAUUAUCACAGCCUGAUUAUUGUCUAGACCACCCAGCAGCAUACAUGCCAGGGUGUUAUCACUGAGAAACUUGGCUGUGGUGUUUAUCUGUAAAUUGUGACAGUAAUUUUCCAUGUCCCACACUCUGCCUUACUACAGGUUUUUGUUUACCUAUGUUCUGGUCUGGCAGUGCCAUUCCAUCUUGCCUGUCUCUUUGGCUUGCUGUACAGACAUAAUCUUGCAAAGCAGGAUUACAAAAUCAAUAUGAUUAAAUCAAAUAAUGGCAUUAUAAUGAAGCAAGCUUCAUAAGAGAAAUUUUAAUCACUCGUGGAUCUCACAUUUAUUUUAAAAGCAGAGUGUCUGAUUUAUGGUUGGUCUUCUAUGCCUUGGAUAUUAAAUGUGGAACUAGAUAUAAUUUAAGGGGAAGAUAUAGUAGAUGCCUACAAAAGUAUAUGCGUCAUGGAAAAGAUGGGUAGGUAUUGAUCCAGACACAUUCCCAUGGGGGCCUGUCUAAUUUGAUGAUUUGAUUACAUUUGAAGCAAACAGGACAAGGUAGGUUUGAUACAACAGGUUUAAGCCUUUGGAAUUCCUUUAUAAAGAGGCUGUGGGUGCCAGAAAUUUACACAGUCCCAACAGGACACCAGAAAAAAUACCCUGAGAUCUUUUGGGGGGUUAUCAAAUCAUCACAAGUUCAGGAAAUUCCCUCAACAUUGUUGGAAGCUGGGACAGUUAGGAAAAGGCAUCAACACAGGCUACCUCAUUUUAACACUUCCUUAAUUGACCAACUGCAGCCACAUUUGGAGAUGUACAGGACUAGGUGGCUGCUCCUAAAUUCAUAACGUUUGUAGAGGUUUAGACCAAGCUUCCUCAGGAAUGGUUACUAGAGCUGGCAUUAUUUCUUCAUGGAAAAACAUGAGCAAGCAUCUAGAGCCAGCAUCUAGAUAGCAGAUGAGUGCUAAGGGCUUAAGUAUUAGGCUUUCUAUCUUAGGGGAAGAUAGAAAUACCACAGGCAGUUUCUGAAAACAAAAAGCAAGCUGAUUGGUUUGAAUUAAGUAAGUGGAUGGGUGAAAGAGGAUUCAAAAAGAAGAUGACAUAGUGAGAAAAGUGGUCUUUCAGCUGCAGUCUCAAGGAGCAGGACAAGAUUGUCAACAGCAGACAAAUCAUGGGGAAACAAUUACAGUGUUGAAAGUAAAAAAAGUUUUACUCUGAGCAAAAGUUUUGCACAUCAGCUGUGCUGCCUCAGGCUGCCAGUGCCAUGCUCAGUAUCAUCCCUCUGGCAGCAGCAGUAACAAGUGCAUAAGGUAUUUUGGUUCUUUGUUGUUGGAAUGGAAAGCUCUUUAUUAGAGGCUGAUAAAAUAGAAAUGUAGUCCAAAUGCAGCUAGAGCAAGAGAAAUUCAUGCAUCUAUCCCUCAUCACACAUAGCUAGGAUUAUUGAGGCUUGAAGCCUGAGCCAGAAACUGUCCCCACUUUUCCUCAGCUGUGGAGCAACAGAGGCUGUACUCUGUUCCCAAGAUCACCACACCAGGAUCCUCACUGCUCUGCCUCCUACCUUGCCCUGCCUGGGGUGACCAAGAACUCUCUGCUGCAGUACAUCACAAGUACCCACUGUACCUGGACAAGGCAGUAAGAAAAAGGUACCUCUCCUCCCUGCCCUCUGCCUGUAAGGCAGACACUGCGUGUCCUUACAAAAAACCAACAGAGGCAGAGCCCAUGGAGGAUUAGAAGCAGGGAAAAUGAAAUGAGUGAUGGUUACAGGUUCAGGCUCUAUUGCCUUCUGAUCUUCAAUACUCUUCAGGAGCAUGUGGCACUGACAGCUUUGUGUCUGCUGCCUGGGAUAUUUGCUCAGUCACCAUCAGGACAUCCCCCUUGCCUUGCUCAUUAUCUCCCUGCCUGGAUGGAAGGACUCCUGCCAAGAAGUAUCAUUUAAGGCUUGCACCCAAUAUUUAAACUUGAAUAAUAAACACAACCAUCAUACUGUUCACAGUGACCAGGGAAAUGAAAAUUUCAAGGCAAAGAUAAAAAUCCCUGCCUUACUCCUGUGAGUUGCAGAUGACAACUGCAAAUCUUUGAGAGAAAUAUCAGCAAUAUUUGUUUAUCUCUGGUUUUUAUCUAAGUACUGCUAAAUAUAAAAUCCAUAAACAAGAAUCUGUGACCUGGAGCUUUUGUCUUUUACACCGUUGCUGCAGGCUGUGAUGCAGCACAUAUGGCCUCCUUUGAUGCUGUGUGGUGUAGCUUUUUCCCAGAGUGUUAGUGCGUGCUCCGUUCCCAGCCUGUUCCAGAGAAGGACAGCAAGCUCUCUGUGAAGACACAGGUCUGGACAUCACCAGAGGCUGUGGGUGAGAGCUGGCCUCUGCACGUUCGGCAAGUCCUCUGCUCCUGGGCUGUUUUACCCGGUGUGGCCGACCCCACAUGUGCUUUAACAAGACAGCAUCUGGAAGUACCUUCUAUUGACAGCACUUAAAUCCUGGCGUGCCCGCGGAUCCAAGACCUUCAGGGACCGCUUGGAGCCCUUUUGUAGGUUAAAUGCACAGCAGUGACUUUUCUCUCUGUUAUACAGAGGAGCCAAUAUACUGUUACACACCACACAACUUCACCCGCGAUCAAGCCUUGUAUGCCAGAGGAUAUUGUUGGACAGAAUUAAAAGAUGCCUUGCCAGGAGUUGAUGCCAGCCACUGGCCCUCCUUGUUUGAGCAUAAGUUCCUACCUUAUGCACUGCUGGCUUUUGCUGGGAUAAUGUACAUUCCAGCUCUGGGCUGGGAGUUUCUGGCCUCCACUCGACUGACUUCGGAGCUUAAUUUUUUGCUUCAGGAGAUCGAUAACUGCUACCACCGCGCAGCUGAAGGGCGGGCACCAAAAAUAGAGAAACAGAUUCAGUCCAAAGGCCCAGGGAUAACCGAGAGAGAGAAAAGAGAAAUCAUUGAGAAUGCAGAAAAGGAAAAAAGCCCUGAGCAGAACUUGUUUGAGAAAUAUCUGGAAAGAAGAGGACGAAGUAACUUUUUAGCUAAGCUUUAUCUUGCAAGACAUCUGUUCAUCAUCUUUUUAAGCAUCAUACCUAUCACAUACUUAUCCACCUACUAUGCUACACAGAAGCAAAAUGAAUUUACGUGUGCGCUAGGUGAGCCUCCAGACAAAACGAGCAGCUCCAAAUUGCACAUCAGAGUGAACUGUAAACUGCCAUCUGUCCAGCUCCAGCGGAUUAUUGCUGGUGUAGAUAUCGUUCUCCUCUGCUUCAUGAACUUGAUAAUCCUCAUCAACUUGAUUCACCUCUUCAUAUUUCGCAAGUCUAACUUCAUAUUUGAUAAACUGAACAAAGUCGGAAUAAAGACCAAGAAACAGUGGCAGAAGUCCCAGUUUUGUGAUAUUAAUAUUUUGGCCAUGUUUUGUAAUGAAAAUAGGGACCACAUAAAAUCAUUGAACCGUCUGGAUUUUAUUACAAAUGAAAGCGAUCUGAUGUACGACAAUGUGGUGCGCCAGCUGCUCGCGGCACUGGCCCAGUCCAACCACGAUGCCACUCCAACCAUGCGCGAUUCAGGGAUUCAGACCAUAGACCCAAGCGUGGAUCCAGCAGACAUUGAUGCUAAUGAACAGCUCAUCAUUAAGAGGCCAAGGAAGAAGAUGAAAUGGAUCCCGACUACCAAUCCCCUUCCCCAGCCCUUCAAGGAGCAGUUAGCAAUUAUGAAGGUUGAGAACCAUAAGCCUGAUAAGCCGAAGCCCGUGCGGAGAAAAACAGCGACAGACAGCCUUAUAGCUCCUUUGCUGGAGUCUGCUGCAAAAACCUCACAGCAAUCGUCCGCUCAUAAGAGCGAGCCAAACGCCAUCCCAAGCACAAGCAGUGAAAAAAAGCACACACGGCACUUUUCCUUGGAUGUUCAUCCAUAUAUACUCAGUAGCAAAAAACCCAAGCCAGAGGUUCAAGCCAUCCCCUCGAUGCCCACGUCAAAAAGCCAAGAGGGCGGAUUUUUAAACCAGGAAGAGAAUGUUGUAGUGCAUGUUACCUCCUCUCUCAAAGACACCCCUCAUCCUGCAAAAGAGAUUCUGUACUCAUCCGAGACAUGCAGAACUGUGCCUGCCGCUGCGGCUUUUGUCACGUGCAACCACAACCACAUAGCCACCACUGCUGCUGCCACCAGCAUGGCUUUGAACCAGGCCAAGCCAGAGCCCACGCCUGCACUGAGCUGCAGCCCAGCCCACCCUUUGCUGCACAUCAACACGCUGUACGAGGACCACGAGGAGGAGGUGUCAAACAUGAUGGACAACGGGCUGCCCUCGCCGCCGGGGCCCGGGGAGAUGCUCUCCGUGCCCACCCCGAAGCAGAUCAGGCUGGCGGCGUUCGAGGAGCCCAUGGCCAUGGUGAGCUCGGUGGAGUACUGAGCGCCCGGCCCAGGGGCGCGGCAGCGCUGGCCACGGUCCCCGGCAGUGCAGCUCACUGCAUGAGCAUGCAGAGUUCUCUCACGGACUAUAGCUUCUGGUAGUAGCACCCAACGGUGUUGCAGGAUCACUUCAUAAGCACUGUCAGUCGUUUGCAAAAUAGAAUAAUCUGGUGGAAAUAGACCUUUAACACUAAGACAACCAUUAGCUCUAACUCUAAACUAUAGCUUCCUGACUGAAAUGGGAAUUAGCACAAUUUAUGAACAUUAGAGUCUAAUGGCAUGCCACAGCAAUUUUAGUGAGUGUUUAAAUCCUUUGCAUUCAGAAUCACUGAUUAAACUUAACAUGGAAGUGAGGUAUACUUUUUAAUGGCAGCAGUUAAAUAAGAGUUCUUUUCUAAGCAGGGAUGUUUGGUUUUUUUUUUUAAUUCAGGAUUAUGAAAAGUUAUAUGCAAGCAAAAUUUGUGUUUGUUUGUUUAUUUAGCUCACUGAUGUUGGGCUUGAUGAAGACUUAGCUGAAAGGGCCUUACUACCACCAGCAUAUAAGUGCAAAAGAUUGACACGCUCAAUCUCUUGCAUUUAUAAAUGAAAAUACCUGAAUUAUGCCCCGCCCUUUAACAUGCUUAUAUGUUUGAUGGAAGAUGAUUAAAUUAAGAGUUUAUUUUUUUAACUAUAUUUUACCAUGGAAAAAAUUACUUUAAUAACUUUUCAAACCAGGUGUUACUUUUAACAAAAUGUGUAGAAGAGAGUCAUUGUAGUUGCUUAUUUUUUCAUAGUGUAUUUAUGAACCAGGUUAGAAACUUUCAUGGGUGCUUCACUGAUACAAACAAUCUUACAGAGGUCAUUACAAAAUAUUUUACAAAAUAUAAAACCAGCAAACCUGUUUUCAAAUAACACACAGUUAACGAAGUCUAUUAUUUCAGUUCUACAGAUUUGGCUAGUCCUUGAUUCAGCAAAAAUUAAGGCCAUGGAUGACACUGAAAUGACUCAUGUCUAAAACUAAGCACACACUGAAAUGGCUUUGCUGGAUCUGGGCUCUAGUGAAGGCAGACAAUAAUGCUGCAGUAUGUGCUAUCACUGAUUCAGUAUUUGCCAUCCUUGGCUCAAAGCACAUCUUCAUGCCCAUCUUCCUAUAAUUACGGUAUGUGUGAUCUAAUAGAAAACUCUAGUAUAACUAAAACGUCUAUUAAAAGUGUAUCAUGCAAUAACCAUUCUCAGCAAAAUUAUAGUGAAACAAAAAGUGACUGUGUAAAACAAUAUUCCUAGCUGCAUUCAGAAUUACAGACUGUGUGUGUUUGCUUCAAAAUUAUGUAUAAUGGUAGAAAAAAAAUAUGCAGCACAAAUAUGGGACUGAAAUCUUGAGUUUAUUUUUAAUUUAUUACCUCAGACAUGGAUAUAUUACACCAAUAUUUAAUGAAAAUAGUACUGAAAAUAAAUGCCUAUUAUUCUGAAUA